AUGUCCGAGAACCCACAAUCAUCCAACCCAGCCGACGAAAUUACACCACACAUUCGACAGAACGGCCAGUCAAGCCAAGAAAUGUCCAAAGAAAAGGUGCUUCUGGCGCCAGAGGAGGGCGGAAAUUCAAAGAAGGGUAGGGGUCUGCUGCAUGUACCAUCACGGUCUUCUUCGCAGCGCAAUCAAUCUUCUCCGACUUCGACAGGGCUGAGCGGAGUAACAGUCACCGAUUCGAGAAACAGCAUCGGCGGACGAUCAAAGGAGUCCAAAGGUAGCAUUUUGGGACGGCAUCGAAAUGGCAGCGUCGGCAGCCAUCGCUCCGGCAUCGAAACUGAACCCACCAACACUGCUGGCAACACUCAACCGAACUCGCCUGUGAACCCCCCACAGAAGAAGAAGAAGGGCGGGCUCUUUGCCCUGCUUGGGUGCUGCGGGGUUCCCGACAACGCGAACGCGAUCGAGAACGGCGACGACGCCGUCCACAAGCUCGACAAGUUGCCUGCGCGACCGACGACUGCCAAGUCCCGGCAGCCCACUCCACAGGAGCAACCAACUUCCGCCAAUAAGCCGCAAAUCCAGGAAAAGCAGCCCCAGCCCGAACAACCGAUGACCGUAGGCACCGAAUCUAAAGGCAAGCGCGUUUCGAACACGACCACGGCUGACGACUCUACCGUUGGCGGCCAGGAGAGCUCUGAGUCGAAGCACGCGGCCGCGGCCGCUGCUGCUGCUGCCGCCACCGCCGCCAGUGCCAGUACCGCAGCUCCGGCAAUCACGGUCGAACCCACCUCGGGCGAAAAGACCCAGAGCGCGCACCUGGAAGACCCGAAAAAGAAGGAUGCCGAGGGAGAUGAGGCCAUGCCGGAUGCGACGCCCGAGCCCGAAGAGUCGAAGCAGCAAAUACCGCCCCCGGUUGAGGACGCCCCCAUAAGUCAGCAGCUGCCGGGUCCCCCGCCGGGACCUGCUCCUGGAGCUCACGAAGAACCUGCUCAGGUCGAGCCUGGCGUCGCCGAGCAAAAGUUCCUGCUGCCUCCGAUCGCCCCCGAAUUUAAGGGCAGAAAAUGCCUUGUUCUUGAUUUGGACGAGACUUUGGUUCACAGUUCUUUCAAGAUUCUCCAUCAAGCCGAUUUCACUAUACCUGUGGAAAUUGAAGGCAAUUAUCAUAAUGUGUAUGUUAUCAAGAGACCGGGCGUAGAUCAAUUCAUGAAGCGCGUUGGUGAGCUCUAUGAAGUGGUGGUUUUCACCGCGUCCGUCUCCAAGUAUGGCGACCCCCUCUUGGAUCAACUCGAUAUCCACAAGGUCGUUCACCACAGACUAUUCCGUGAGAGCUGCUACAACCAUCAAGGAAACUAUGUCAAGGAUCUUUCCCAGGUGGGAAGAGACUUGAAAGACACAAUCAUCAUUGACAACUCGCCCACAUCGUAUAUCUUCCACCCCCAGCACGCCGUUCCGAUCAGCAGUUGGUUCUCGGACGCACAUGACAACGAGCUGCUGGACUUGAUUCCUGUCCUAGAAGACCUUGCAAAGUCGGAUGUCCAGGACGUCAGCCUGGUUCUUGACGUUACUCUUUGA